AUGCCGUCUGAGGCGCCGCCAGCGUUACUGAGCUCUGUGAAGCUAAAGUAUGUGAAGUUGGGUUACCAGUACCUGGUAAACCACUUCCUGACGCUCGUCCUGGUGCCUCUGAUCGCGGGGGUGGCGCUGGAGAUAGCGCGGCGGGGCCCGGAGGAGCUCCUCUCCCUCUGGCAGUCUCUUCAGCUGGAUCUGAUCCACAUUCUCUGCUCGGUCUUCGCCCUGGUGCUGGUGGCCACGGUCUACUUCAUGUCGCGGCCACGCCCCAUCUACCUGGUGGACUACGCCCUCUUCAAACCCCCAUUCACCUGCCGGGUUCCCUACGCCACCUUCAUGGAGCACAUCCGCCUCAUCGGCAACCUCGAUGCCAAGGGCGUUGAUUUCCAGAUGAGGAUACUCGAGAGAUCCGGUCUCGGAGAGGAGACCUGCCUGCCGCCGGCCAAUCACUACAUCCCCCCAACCCCGACCAUGGAGGCCUCGCGGGCAGAGGCCCAGAUGGUCAUCUUCUCUGCUCUGGACUCCCUCUUUGAGAGGACCGGCCUCAAGCCCAAGGACGUGGACAUCCUCAUCGUCAACUGCAGUCUCUUCUCCCCCACACCGUCCCUGUCGGCCAUGGUGGUGAACAAGUACAAGAUGAGGAGCAACAUCCGCAGCUUCAACCUCUCCGGCAUGGGCUGCAGUGCCGGGCUCAUCUCCAUUGAUCUCGCCCGCGACCUCCUCCAGGCGCACCCCAAUUCCAACGCUGUGGUCGUCUCUACGGAGAUCAUCACCCCCAACUGGUACGCCGGCAACCAGCGGUCCAUGCUCCUGCCCAACUGCCUAUUCCGCAUGGGCGGCGCCGCCAUCCUCCUCUCCAACCGGCCCCGCGACAGCCGCCGAGCUAAGUACCGGCUGUUGCAUGUCGUACGAACCCACAAGGGAGCGGACGACAAGGCCUACCGAUGUGUCUACGAGGAAGAGGACGCCCAGGGCAACUGCGGCAUCUCCCUCUCCAAGGAUCUCAUGGCUAUCGCCGGGGAGGCACUCAAGUCCAACAUCACCACCAUAGGCCCCCUGGUCCUCCCAGCUUCGGAGCAGCUCCUCUUCCUGUUCUCCCUAAUUGCCCGGAAGAUCCUCAACAGGAAGAUCAGACCCUACAUUCCCGACUUCAAGCAGGCCUUCGAGCACUUCUGCAUCCAUGCCGGCGGUCGUGCCGUCAUCGACGAGCUGCAGAAGAAUUUGGAGCUUUCGGCGGAACACGUCGAGGCCAGUCGCAUGACGCUGCACCGCUUCGGCAACACCUCCAGUAGCUCCCUCUGGUACGAGCUCAACUACAUCGAGGCCAAGGGGAGGAUGCGCCGCGGAGAUCGCGUGUGGCAGAUCGGCUUCGGCAGCGGCUUCAAGUGCAACAGCGCCGUGUGGCGCUGCAACCGCACCAUCAAGACCCCCUUUGAAGGGCCCUGGUCCGACUGCAUCCACCGCUACCCCGUCGACAUCCCGGACGUCGUCAAGCUCUGA